CCAACGGUUUGUGUGUUCGUCAUCGUGGUAUGAAAGACGCGGACAUACGCUACUACUUGAUUCCCCAUUUAGGGGGUGAUAAUUACCCCCUCCUUAUUGUCUCACCCUACCACCUAACCCUGAUUGGCCGAGUGUUUCUAAUGAGUGUCUCUUUCUCGGCUUAUAUAAGUGGAAACUCAAACUAACUUUUCUCAUUGACUUCAAAGCCUGUCAAACCUCGAGGAUAUCUGCGGCAUAUACUCUCUUCUACAGUUUACUGUAUAUAGUUCAACGAAUCAACAGUAGUAUCUGCAUAUUGAAUACCGUCGCCAACCAGCCAUAUAUUAUAACGCGGUUGAACUACAUUGCCGGCUGAAUUUCCAGCUUCACAAGAAAUCAUCACGAUAAGGUUCCACUAUCUACAAUGGCACCAGUGUUGCGCAACUCAUCCUCCAGGCAGACUGUCCCUGCUGAGAGUACCACAGCAGACCCUCCGUACUCCGCUCUCACCAGAGCUGGGGAAUCACUCUUCAUGUGUAGCAGUAAAGAAGGCCAUACCUGCUACCACGCCUGCAAGGGUCAUGGCAGAUACCCCCUCUGGAGUGACGAAGACUUCAUGAUAGAUGACGUCGACGAUGAGGAACCUGAGGUAGAAAGUAAGAAGGAGGAAGAGGAGGAUGAGGACGGUUCUUCUUCAGAGUAUGAGUUUGAUUCAGAUGAGGAGUGGAUAUCAGACACUGAUCGGGAGAGCGAAGCCCAGUUCUGGAGGGAGAUCAACGAGUCUGUCGAACGCACACGCCAGGAACGUGACCGACGUGAGGAACGCGAGCAACGUGUCCACUACGGUGCUUCUGAUCUCCGCUUCCUACCUGUGCCAGGUCGUGAUGGCAGUGCCAUGGAACACAUUAGAGAAGGUUUUGGUCCUCUAGUCGGCGUCAUCCAUACCAAGCCUCCUCCUGAGUAUGUCUGGUAUCUCUCAGAUGACAGCGAAUCGUGGAUGAGAGGUUCACUUCCAGAGAGGCUGUCAGAGGAACCCGACGGUGCCUACCACAGAUACAAGUACCACGUUUGGGAUCAGAUUCCAUCUGAAGAUGUUCACGAGAGCGAUAGCGACGACGAUGACGACGAUGGGUGGGGUCAGAAUUGGGAUGAUGAGGAGGAGGAGGAGAUGCAGGAUGAACACAGUUCAUGGAGUGAACAAGCUGACCAACAGGAGCAGCAGCAGGUUUCGUGAUGACAUUGAUUCUACUGGACAUUGAACAAUGAACAUUGUAUUGAACUUUUUAUAAUAUUCACCCUGGAGAAAGAGACUCUGACCAAAGACCUUAUUGUUUCCAAUUGAUAACAUGUAUGGUUAAUUAUUUAAUUACAAACCGAAUGUAUUAUUUUGCAUUUAUCAUAAUUUUUCAAAUUUUCAUAGUUUAUCUUCUUAACUUUAUUUUAAAUUUGAAUAGCUAGAUUUUGUUUGCAUUAAUGAAACUCUUUUUAAUUCACUCUGAGUAAUUUCAAAGCUUGCAAUUGCAAUAUUCAUGGUAAAAUUAUACCAUUAUCUUGAAAAAUAAUUAUGAAGCUGAAUUUUAAAGCUUUAAAACAAAUUUCUAUAUAUUUUGUGGACAAUUUUAAUGAAUUGAAUUCUUUUUGCUUGAAGCUAUUUUAAAAAUUCAAUGAUGAAGUCAUUUAAAAUGGACCAUGCAAUGUUUGCUGGUGAUAUUUUUUUAAUUCUUUUUUUAUUAUGCUGUUGUAUUUACAAAAAAAGGUUAAUUUUAUUGGACGCUUUUUUCAAAAAUUCAAUGAUGAAGUCAUUUAAAAUGGACCAUGCAAUGUUUGCUGGUGAUAUUUUUUUAAUUCUUUUUUAUUAUGCUGUUGUAUUUACAAAAAAAGGUUAAUUUUAUUGGACGCUUUUUUAAAACUUGCAAUUGGAAGCUUUUCAUAGUAUUACUGACAUAUUUUGGUUGCAAUGUAUGCAUUCAAAAUUUGACGCUAUAUUGAUUGAUACAUGUAUAUGACUGUAUUUGAAAUGUGACCAUGUAAUUGGUCUUAUUAUUGUGCAUUGAUAAUAACUUUGCAAAAUACAAUUUAAUACUCGAUUGUAUUUGAAAA